CUCCCUGCUCGGCGCUGACAUGGCUGAGAGCUGCUCGCCGCCCUCCUCCUCUGCUGUGUGCCUGGCCCCUGAGCCGGGAGUCACAGAGCAGCCGGAGCCCCGGAGCCCCCCGCCCUCCCCUCCGGGCCUGGAGGAGCCCCAGGAUGGAGCCAACGCAGACGUCCCUCACCCGGACCUGGCGCCCGUUGCCUUCUUCUGCCUGCGACAGACCACCAGCCCCCGGAACUGGUGUAUCAAGAUGGUGUGUAACCCAUAUCCUUCGUGCGGCCUGGGAUCUCUGAGGUUCUCUUUCUGCCCCCUGUGUCCACGACUGUGUCCCCGACUCACACCGUGGCUGCAACCUCUGGGGCCUGCCGCGGAACCUCACUCUGUCCCUCGCUUCUCGCCUCCCCCCACCCUGCAGGUCUUUGACGACUUCAUCUUCAUCUUCUUUGCCAUGGAGAUGGUGCUCAAGAUGGUGGCCCUGGGCAUUUUUGGCAAGAAGUGCUACCUUGGGGACACGUGGAACCGACUGGACUUCUUCAUCGUCAUGGCUGGGAUGGUGGAGUACUCGCUGGACCUUCAGAACAUCAACCUGUCGGCCAUCCGCACCGUGCGUGUCCUGAGGCCCCUCAAGGCCAUCAACCGAGUGCCCAGUAUGCGGAUCCUGGUGAACCUGCUCCUGGACACGCUGCCCAUGCUGGGGAACGUCCUGCUGCUCUGCUUCUUCGUCUUCUUCAUCUUUGGCAUCAUCGGCGUGCAGCUCUGGGCCGGCCUGCUGCGCAACCGCUGCUUCCUGGAGGAGAACUUCACCAUACAAGGGGAUGUGGCCCUGCCCCCCUACUACCAGCCGGAGGAGGACGACGAGAUGCCCUUCAUCUGCUCCCUUUCGGGGGACAACGGCAUCAUGGGCUGCCAUGAGAUCCCUCCGCUCAAGGAGCAGGGCCGCGAGUGCUGCCUGUCCAAGGACGAUGUCUACGACUUCGGGGCGGGGCGCCCGGACCUCAACGCCAGCGGGCUCUGUGUCAACUGGAACCGCUACUACAAUGUGUGCCGCACCGGCAGCGCCAACCCCCACAAGGGGGCCAUCAACUUUGACAACAUCGGCUAUGCCUGGAUCGUCAUCUUCCAGGUGAUCACCCUGGAAGGCUGGGUGGAGAUCAUGUACUACGUGAUGGAUGCCCACUCCUUCUACAACUUCAUCUAUUUUAUCCUGCUCAUUAUAGUGGGCUCCUUCUUCAUGAUCAACCUGUGCCUCGUUGUCAUAGCGACCCAGUUCUCGGAGACCAAGCAGCGGGAGCACCGGCUGAUGCUGGAGCAGCGGCAGCGCUACCUGUCCUCCAGCACGGUGGCCAGCUACGCCGAGCCGGGCGACUGCUACGAGGAGAUCUUCCAGUACAUCUGCCACAUCCUGCGCAAGGCCAAGCGCCGCGCCCUGGGCUUCUACGCACCGACCCUGCCCUCUGUUUGCUUUUCAGAGCUGUGCCCGGGACACAGCCCCCUGGACCCGACGCCCCCCAUGCUGAUGCAGCCCAUCUCUGCCCUGCUGGCCUCCGACCCCACCGGCUGCCCCCGCUGCCAGCACAGAGCGGGCCACCGGCCCUCGGGCCUGGGCAGCACCGACUCAGGGCAGGAGGGCUCGGGCUCGGGGGGCUCCGGCGGUGGAGAGGACGAGGCCGAUGGGGACGGGGCCAGGAGCAGCGAGGACGGGGCCUCGUCGGGGCUGGGGAAGGAGGACGAGGAGGAGCGGGCAGACGGGUGGGGGCGGGCCACCCAGGCCAGCCCCACACAGCUGGGUGUGUGGGACACCCACAGCCAGUGGGCUUCCAUAGGGUCCCAGGGCUGCCUUCUGCCUGACGGUUCCGUCCCUGCCCCACGCCCACAGCCCGAGGAGCUGACCAACGUCCUGGAGAUCUGCAACGUGGUCUUCACCAGCAUGUUCGCCCUGGAGAUGCUCCUGAAGCUGGCCGCCUUCGGGCUCUUCGAUUACCUGCGCAACCCCUACAACAUCUUCGACAGCAUCAUCGUCAUCAUCAGCAUCUGGGAGAUCGUGGGGCAGGCGGACGGCGGGCUGUCGGUGCUGCGGACCUUCCGGCUGCUGCGGGUGCUGAAGCUGGUGCGCUUCAUGCCCGCGCUGCGGCGCCAGCUGGUGGUGCUCAUGAAGACCAUGGACAACGUGGCCACCUUCUGCAUGCUGCUCAUGCUCUUCAUCUUCAUCUUCAGCAUUCUCGGGAUGCACAUCUUUGGCUGCAAAUUCAGCCUCCGCACAGACACGGGAGAUACAAUCCCCGACAGGAAGAACUUCGACUCCCUGCUGUGGGCCAUCGUCACGGUGUUCCAGAUCCUCACCCAGGAGGACUGGAACGUCGUCCUCUACAACGGCAUGGCCUCCACCUCCUCCUGGGCCGCCCUCUACUUUGUGGCCCUGAUGACCUUCGGCAACUACGUGCUCUUCAACCUGCUGGUGGCCAUCCUGGUGGAGGGCUUCCAGGCGGAGGGGGACGCCAAUCGCUCCUACUCGGAUGAGGACCUGAGUUUAUCGAACACGGAGGAGUUUGACAAGCUGCAGGAGGGCCUGGACAGCCUCGGAGAUCCCAAGCUGUACCCAAUUCCUCUGACUCCCAAUGGGCACCUGGACCCCAGUCCGGGCCCAGCCCCCGGGCACGAGGACUGCAACGGCAGGAUGCCCCACAUCGCCAAGGAGGUCUUCACGCAGAUGGGUGACCGCCGGGACCACGGGGAGGAUGAGGAGGAGGUCGACUACACUCUGUGUUUCCGGGUGCGCAAGAUGAUUGACGCGUACAAACCCGACUGGUGCGAGAUCCGCGAGGACUGGUCUGUCUACCUCUUCUCCCCUGAGAACAGGUUCCGGGUCCUGUGCCAGACCAUCAUUGCCCACAAGCUCUUCGACUACGUCGUCCUGGCCUUCAUCUUUCUCAACUGCAUCACCAUCGCCCUGGAGAGGCCCCAGAUUGAGGCGGGCAGCACUGAACGCAUAUUCCUCACCGUGUCCAACUACAUCUUCACCGCCAUCUUCGUGGGCGAGAUGACACUGAAGGUGGUCUCGCUGGGCCUGUACUUCGGGGAGCAGGCGUACCUGCGCAGCAGCUGGAAUGUGCUGGACGGCUUUCUGGUCUUCGUGUCCAUCAUCGACAUCGUGGUUUCCCUGGCCUCGGCCGGUGGAGCCAAGAUCUUGGGGGUCCUCCGGGUCCUGCGGCUCUUGCGCACCCUACGACCCUUGCGGGUCAUCAGCCGGGCCCCGGGCCUGAAGCUGGUGGUGGAGACACUCAUCUCCUCCCUUAAGCCCAUCGGCAACAUUGUCCUCAUCUGCUGUGCCUUCUUCAUCAUCUUCGGCAUCUUGGGGGUACAGCUCUUCAAGGGCAAGUUCUACCACUGUCUGGGUGUGGACACCCGCAACAUCACCAACCGUUCUGACUGCAUGGCCGCCAACUACCGCUGGGUCCAUCACAAGUACAACUUCGACAACCUGGGCCAGGCCCUGAUGUCCCUCUUUGUCCUGGCCUCCAAGGAUGGCUGGGUGAACAUCAUGUACAAUGGACUGGAUGCUGUCGCUGUGGACCAGCAGCCCGUGCCCAACCACAACCCCUGGAUGCUGCUCUACUUCAUCUCCUUCCUGCUCAUCGUCAGCUUCUUCGUGCUCAACAUGUUCGUGGGCGUCGUGGUGGAGAACUUCCACAAGUGCCGGCAGCACCAGGAGGCCGAGGAGGCGCGGCGGCGCGAGGAGAAGCGGCUGCGGCGCCUGGAAAAGAAGCGCCGCAAGGCCCAGCGGCUGCCCUACUAUGCCACCUACUGUCCCACCCGGCUGCUCAUCCACUCCAUGUGCACCAGCCACUACCUGGACAUCUUCAUCACCUUCGUCAUCUGCCUCAAUGUGGUCACCAUGUCCCUGGAACACUACAACCAGCCGAUGUCCCUGGAGAUAGCCCUCAAGUACUGCAACUACUUUUUCACCACUGUCUUUGUGCUGGAGGCUGUGCUGAAGCUGGUGGCAUUUGGUGUGAGGCGCUUCUUCAAGGACCGGUGGAACCAGCUGGACCUGGCCAUCGUGCUGCUGUCGGUCAUGGGCAUCACGCUGGAGGAGAUCGAGAUCAACGCGGCACUGCCCAUCAACCCCACCAUCAUCCGCAUCAUGCGGGUUCUGCGCAUCGCCCGGGUGCUGAAGCUGCUGAAGAUGGCCACGGGCAUGCGGGCCCUGCUGGACACGGUGGUGCAAGCUCUGCCCCAGGUGGGCAACCUGGGCCUCCUCUUCAUGCUGCUGUUCUUCAUCUACGCCGCCCUGGGCGUGGAGCUCUUCGGGAAGCUGGUCUGCAACGACGAGAACCCGUGCGAGGGCAUGAGCCGGCACGCCACCUUCGAGAACUUCGGCAUGGCCUUCCUCACGCUCGUCCAGGUCUCCACUGGCGACAACUGGAACGGGAUCAUGAAGGACACGCUAUCUCAAACCUCUCUGACCACCAUCCUGGGUCCUGGGGGGCCAGCCCGGCCAGUCCCCGCCCCAUGGGUGACCCGAGGCCGCCCCCUCUCCCUGCAGGUACAGCUGGCCGAGACAGAAGCCUUCUCCCUGAACUCGGACAAGUCCUCGUCCAUCCUGCUGGGCGAUGACCUGAGUCUGGAGGACCCCACAGCCUGCCCGCUUCGCCCCAAAGACAGCAAGGGUGAGCCAGACCCGGCCGAGCCCAUUCGCGUGGGGGACCUGGGUGAAUGCCUCUUCCCCUUGUCCAACACGGCCGUCUCCUCGGGUCCGGAGACCCUCCUGUGCGAGAUGGAGGCGAUCGCCUUCAACCCCGUCCAGUCCUGGCUGAAACAGGAGGGCAGCCAAGCGGCACCUUCGAGCCCCUUCUCCCCAGAGGCCUCCAGCCCACUCCUGCCCAUGCCAGCGGAGUUCUUCCACCCCGCCGUGUCCUCCAGCCAGAAGGGGCAGGAGAAGGGCACCGGGGCCGGGGCCCUCCCCAAGAUCGCCCUGCAGGGCUCCUGGGCAUCCCUGCGGUCACCGAGCGUCAACUGCACCCUCCUCCGGCAGGAGCCAGGGGCAGACAGCAAUACUGGCCACAGCCUGGACUCCGCGGGCCCCGACGCCAUGGAGCGGGUCUGGGCGGGCUGA